GAUAAUUUACCGUAGAGAUUGUCAUGAAGAAAGUGGUAUAAUGCUGUUGUAGGAUGGCUGAUUGGACAAGGAAAGAAUUAAGAGAAAUGGAAACUGAUACAUUGACCAAUGUGGACUUGAUGGUAUUUUCUAGAUCUUCAGGAGAAGGAGAACAGUAUGAGGAUUGUUCUAGAAAUUCUAAGCUUGCCAAUAUAAGAUCAGUCAGCGUGUACACCUAUUAUGACAUUUUGGAGGAACUUGGCCGUGGUGCUUUUGGAGUAGUGCAUCAGUGUGUAGAGAAGGACAGUGGGAGGAAGUAUCUCGCCAGGUUUAUCCGCACUCCUUACCCAGUUGAUAAGGCCACGGUAAAGAAUGAAAUGAGGAUAAUGAGCCAACUUCAUCACCCCAGUAUUGUUCAUCUGAAGGAGGCAUUUGAGGAUUAUCAUGAAAUGAUUUUAAUUAUGGAAUUCCUUUAUGGAGAGGACUUGUUUAGCAGGAUAGCAGUACAAGAUGAUAGAACAGAGGCCGAUGUGAUUAAAUACAUCCAACAGAUCUGUGAGGGACUCAAACACAUGCACGAGAAAAACAUUGUCCAUUUGGACCUCAAGCCUGGGAAUGUAGUUUGUGAUUCCAUCAAUCACUAUCAUGUGAAGAUGAUAGAUUUGGGCCUGGCUGCUGAACUGAACCCUGAGCAGAUUGUCAAAGUGACAACUGCUAAUUCCGAGUUUACAGCUCCAGAGAUAGUAGUUUCAGAACCUAUUGGGUUUUACACAGACAUGUGGGCUGUUGGAGUGCUUGCUUAUGUAUUGUUGAGUGGAAUAUCUCCCUUUGCUGGUGAGGAUGAGGAGGAGGCUAGGCAGAAUGUAAGUCGUUGUGUGUGGGACUUCUCAGACCAGUGUUUCACUGAAUUAUCUUUGGAGUCCAAGGACUUCAUCAGGAGACUCCUUGUUAGGAACCCCCA